UUAGUUGUGGUCGACUACUGUGCGCUACUUGGACCGAGGGAAAUACGAGUUUUUACUUGCUAGAAAAUGCGUGCGGCUACGUUGAUAAUAUUUGGCCUGCUGAUGGUCGGCUGCUGUCUGGCCCGUCCCCAGGACAGCUCCCCGGCGACGACGACGACGACGACGACGACAAGCACCACAACCACUCCCAAGCCCGUGGAGGAUAAGGCGAGUUCCACGACAACGACCAGCAGCACAACCACAACGACAACGACGACAACUCCGAAACCAGAGCCCAAAACUGCAUCUCCCAGUACGACAACCACCAGCACUACUCCGAGCACAACCACCAGCAAUACAACACCCAGUCCCAGCACAACUACCUCUAGUACUACUCCCAGUACCACCAGCACCACUACAAUUACUACAACCACCCCCAAGCCCAAGGACGCUGGCGAUGAGGAGGCCGAGAAGCUGCUGCAGCAGUGCGCCGAGCUGAGCAGACGCAAGAAGCGCGGCGGAUCCUCCUCCGAGGAGGACAGCGGCGAGGGAAAGUCCUCCAAGUCGGGCAGGAAGGAGCGCAAGCAGCUGAAGAAGAUGUGCAAGGAGCUCAAGAGGCAGCAGGAGCGCAAGCAGGAGAAGACCCAGAAGGGAUCCCUCUCAGAGCUGGCCCAGGCAUUGCGCACCUAUGCUCAGCGCCACGGCCAGGAAGACCGCCACGAGCACCGCCAGGACCAGCGCCAUCACCACGGCCAUCGCAGGCACUAAAAAGAUUAAAAACUCCUGAUGGAUCAUCUCCAUUUCAACACCUAAAGGCAGUUAUUUUUUUUAUAUAUGUAUGUGUGUAUAUAUUUUUUUAAUUUGUGAAAGUUUUUGAUUGGAAAUAAACGUGAAAAAAUGCA